UUUUCCCGCCUCCGCCGGGCCGAGCGGCGGUCCCUCUGACAGUUGAGGAUGGCUGGGGCGGAGGGGCCCGCGGGGCGACAGUCGGAACUGGAGCCCGUGGUGUCGUUGGUCGACGUUCUAGAGGAGGACGAGGAGCUGGAGAACGAGGCGUGCGCCGUACUGGGCGGCAGCGACUCCGAGAAGUGCUCCUACUCUCAGGGCUCAGUAAAGAGACAAGCACUAUAUGCCUGUAGUACCUGCACCCCGGAGGGAGAAGAACCAGCAGGGAUUUGCCUAGCUUGCAGUUAUGAAUGUCAUGGAAGUCACAAACUAUUUGAGCUAUACACAAAAAGAAACUUUCGUUGUGAUUGUGGAAACAGCAAGUUUAAAAAUUUGGAAUGCAAAUUAUUUCCUGACAAAGCAAAGAUAAAUUCUGGCAAUAAGUACAAUGACAACUUUUUUGGAUUAUAUUGCAUUUGUAAGAGACCUUAUCCUGAUCCUGAUGAUGAGAUUCCAGAUGAGAUGAUCCAGUGUGUAGUCUGUGAAGACUGGUUUCAUGGAAGGCAUCUUGGUGCCACUCCUCCCGAGAGUGGGGAUUUCCAGGAGAUGGUGUGCCAGGCUUGUAUGAAGCGCUGCUCCUUCUUGUGGGCUUAUGCUGCACAAUUGGCAGUAACCAAAGUAUCUGCAGAGGAUGAUGGGUUGGUGCUGAAUGUUGAUGGAAUAGGUGAUCAGGAAGUCCUCAAACCUGAAAAUGGAGAUCAUCAAGAUAGUACCCUCAAAGAGGAUGUUCCAGAACAUGGAAAGGAUGCUGUCAAGGAAGUUAAAGCAGAACAGACUAGUGAACCCUGUACCAGCUCUAGUUCUGAAUCUGAUCUCCAGACAGCAUUUAAGAAUCAACAUCUCAACAUGGAAUCACAGUCUAGCUGCAAACUUCAGGAGCUUAAUGCUAAGCAGUUUAUAAAGAAAGACACUGCCACCUAUUGGCCCGUGAACUGGCGUAGCAAGUUAUGUACCUGCAAAGACUGCAUGAAAAUGUAUGGCGAGCUAGAUGUCCUGUUCCUGACAGAUGAACAUGACACAGUUCUGGCUUAUGAAAACAAGGGCAAGGUCGACCAAGCAGCUGACAGGAGAGACCCUUUAAUGGACACCCUUAACAGCAUGGACAGAGUCCAGCAAGUGGAACUUAUUUGUGAAUACAAUGACUUGAAGACUGAACUCAAAGACUAUCUCAAGAGAUUUGCUGAUGAAGGCACGGUUGUUAAGAGAGAGGACAUCCAGCAGUUCUUUGAAGAAUUUCAGUCGAAAAAGAGAAGAAGAGUGGAUGGGAUGCAGUACUAUUGUAGCUAGAGUGGGGGUCGGCGCCUUCUCAGCGCGGCCAACUUGAAGGCCACUUACUGUGCCAGGAAUAAAAGAGGCGUAUCUCACAUCUGGUCCGGUUCCAGCCUCUCCCUAAAGAGGCCUCCCCUCUGACCUUGAGCUUCCUUUUCUCCCCAGUUCCAAUUAGCCACACGGUGUAUGCUGAUCUGACAACCAGCACCCUGACUCGGCCAAACACGGCUCAUUCCUCAGACUUCAGGCUCGCCACCCGACUACCAAAUAACCCCCAGGUUAUUUGCUUAGAAGUUUGAAGAAGUUUGAUUGGGUUUUGAGAAAGUAAACUAGUUUCUUUUCUAACGACUGGUUCUUUAACUCGUGACGUGUCCACCCUGCCACAGAGCUGUUGUCUCCGGGACCUGCUGUGCGGGGCAGGCCGGGCGCCCUUCCGGUCCGCAGAACCCUGCCUAGUCCCUCAACCUCUGAUCACGGUGCCUUGGGUUGGAGCCUCCUCGGGCCUGGUCAGCCUCCCACACCCCUGCUCUCUCGAGUGUGGUCACAGUGGGAGGCAUCUCGAAACUUGCUUCUCCUGGGCCCAGCCUCCAGGAGAGCCCAGGCUGAGGAUUUUCUGGGCUGGUUGCCUGUCGCAGGCAGGGAGGUUGGCCCAUGGCAGGAUCGAGGAAGCCAACCUUUGUUACAAUUUUUACUAAUAAAUUCAAAGUGAAAUUUUCCUUCACAGUUCUCCUGGCACUAGAACAUUAGGAUUUCAGUACUGUAGUGCUCGCAGGGCUUCCUGGAGAAAAUUCGCCCGUGUGCUAGUCCCUCAUCUGCUGCUUAGAAAACAGACCGGGUACUACCCUGUGAAAUCUUGGUGGUUUACGAAGUCCUCUGGAUUUCUUUCUAUUAUCAGGGAUAUUCAUAAGCGUAUAGUAAAAACGGACCUAUUUUGAUAUUGUUCUGUUAUGAAAAUGUUAUUAGAACCCCAGUAAAUUAUUAUUUUUCCCUUUAAAUCUGUGUUGAAGAAAAAAGAUCCUGGUUUAGCUUACUUGUAGCGAGCAGGGUGGUGAGUGCCCUGUUCCGGAAGAGGCAGACUGUGUAAGAGAUUCCAAACUAGGCCCCAGCUGCACAAAUGAUGAGCUUUAUGUAAAUAAAUGUUCGUGUCCACAGCUGGUUCUCUAAUGACCAUGAAAUCUGCUUUUGAAGACCUUGUGGAAUGUUGUAUAAAACCCCAUGUUUGAGGGGAAGUCUCCUUUCAGUUGGUAGGAAAUCUCUCUACGGCCCUCAGUCUAUGUGGACAACAGCUUUGCUAAACACAGCCCUCAGUUGCCCUCCGUGUGGAGCAACACGGUCUCUUGUGACAAUAGAUGACAUGCCUUCAGGUAUGUGGCCCUAAGUACUGGAGGCUUUGAAGCCACAAAGUGUACAUUAAUUUUCCUUCAUGUGUCCUGUUGCAAAUACCAAUCCCUGGAUGAGAUGAAUUUGGCCUAGAGAACCUCAAAGAAAAUGGUCCAACCCCCAGUUGUCUGCAUCAAGCCUCCUAAUUCCAGAUCCCCCUGAAGAGUGAUGUGUAGAGCUGGAAGGUCUUGUGGCCGCAGGAGAUGCUGGUGUGCCCUGAGCUGGCCGUGUAGACCCGCGAAGUUGCCAAGCUCAGGGCAUCUGGGAGAUCGUGAACAGUCAGCCCCCGCUUGGGAACUCCUUUCCAAGCCUGAGGAAUUCCGCGGGCCCCCUGCAGGGUUGCGCCAGCACACAGCCGUGGCUUGCAACUUACUGUCUUCACAGACAUUUGCUCUAACUGCCACGAAGUUCCUGGCACCUGUGACAGGUCGGGGCCAAGUCUCAGAGGCCACGCGUUACUGCACAGCCCAACGUACGCAUCACCCAGUGCAGAAGGGCUCUUUUAGAAAGGUACCAAUCCUUCUUUUACAUUAACCAGAAAACCUCUUUUUUUUUUUUCUUACCUAUGUUCACAACUAGUUUUCUUAUUGACCAUAAUGGACGGUCUCUUCUUGUAGAGACUGAUUCUGGCCAACAUGUGGCAGUUGAGAUAAAUGCAUGUUUUAUGCAAAACAAGAAUACGAUAGUUGCUUUUAAGGAAUUCUGGCAUUGUAUGUGCAUUUUUGUAGAAUUGUUACUGGACUUACUUACAUACUUUAAUCAGGUUUCUGUAAAAUUUAAAUAAAGCCAGUUCAACAAAAUAGCAGCCUUA